CCUCCGCGGCCCGUGGGCGCCCUGGCCGUGGGCUCGCGGCAGCCCAGCGUGGAGACCCUGGACAGCCCUACAGGAUCCCAUGUUGAAUGGUGCAAACAGCUUAUAGCUGCUACAAUUUCUAGUCAGAUUUCAGGGUCGGUGCCAUCUGAAAGCAUAUCCAGAGAUUACCGGGUUUUCAGGAGGCCUGACGUCAGGGCUCUGAGAGAUGGAAACAAGCUGGCUCAAAUGGAGGAGGCACCCCUUUUUCCUGGAGAAUCAAUCAAAGCUAUUGUUAAGAAUGUCAUGUAUAUCUGUCCAUUUAUGGGAGCAGUUAGUGGAACACUGACAGUGACUGACUUCAAGAUGUACUUCAAAAAUGUAGAAAGGGAUCCACAUUUUAUCCUUGAUGUUCCCCUUGGAGUGAUAAGCAGAGUUGAAAAGAUUGGAGUACAGAGUCAUGGAGAUAACUCUUGUGGCAUAGAGAUUGUUUGCAAGGAUAUGAGAAACUUACGACUUGCCUAUAAACAAGAAGAACAGAGUAAGCUGGGGAUAUUUGAAAACCUCAACAGAUAUGCCUUUCCUCUUUCCAAUGGUCAAGCUUUAUUUGCAUUCAACUAUAAAGAAAAGUUUCCAUCUAAUGGCUGGAAAGUUUAUGAUCCGGUAUCCGAAUAUAAGAGACAGGGUUUACCAAAUGAGAGCUGGAAGAUAUCCAAAAUAAACAGUAGCUAUGAGCUUUGUGAUACAUAUCCUGCUAUUAUUGUCGUGCCAACUAGUGUGAAAGAUGAUGACCUCACCAAGGUAGCAGCAUUUAGAGCAAAAGGCCGAGUUCCAGUCUUGUCCUGGAUUCAUCCUGAGAGUCAGGCAACAAUUACUCGAUGCAGCCAGCCACUUGUGGGCCCAAAUGAUAAGCGCUGCAAAGAAGAUGAAAAAUACUUGCAAACGAUAAUGGAUGCUAAUGCCCAGUCACAUAAACUUAUUAUCUUUGAUGCCAGACAAAACAGUGUUGCUGAUACUAACAAGGCAAAAGGUGGAGGAUACGAAAGUGAAAGUGCCUAUCCAAAUGCUGAGCUGAUAUUCUUGGAAAUUCAUAAUAUUCAUGUGAUGAGAGAAUCAUUACGUAAAUUGAAAGAAAUUGUUUAUCCUUCGAUUGAUGAGGCCAAAUGGCUGUCCAACGUGGAUGCAACACAUUGGUUGGAAUAUAUAAGGAUGCUUCUUGCUGGAGCAGUAAGAAUUGCUGACAAAAUAGAAUCUGGAAAAACUUCUGUGGUGAUCCAUUGCAGUGACGGCUGGGAUAGAACAGCACAGCUCACAUCUCUGGCUAUGCUUAUGUUGGACAGCUAUUACCGCACCAUUCAAGGAUUUGAGGCCCUUGUAGAAAAAGAGUGGACGAGCUUUGGGCACAGGUUUGCAUUGAGAGUAGGCCAUGGUGAUGACAACCAUGCAGAUGCUGAUAGAUCUCCUAUAUUUCUGCAGUUUAUUGAUUGUGUCUGGCAAAUGACAAAACAGUUUCCUUCGGCAUUUGAAUUCAACGAACUCUUCUUGAUUACCAUCUUGGAUCACCUUUACAGUUGUCUCUUUGGGACUUUUCUGUGCAACUGUGAACAGCAACGGUUAAAAGAGGGUGUGAAUACAAAAACUAUAUCUUUAUGGUCUUAUAUCAACAGCCAACUGGAUGAGUUUUCGAAUCCCUUCUAUGUGAAUUAUGAAAACCACGUUUUGUAUCCUGUUGCUAGUCUGAAUCAUUUGGAAUUGUGGGUAAACUAUUAUGUCCGAUGGAAUCCACGAAUGAGACCUCAGAUGCCAAUUCACCAGAAUCUUAAGGAGCUGCUUGCCAUAAGAUCAGAGCUUCAGAAGAGGGUGGAAGAUUUACAGCGGGAAGCUGCGACACGCUCUAUUUCAUCGUCUUCGGAUCGAGGGCCUUCGCCUUCCCACUCAGUCACUCCAGUACAUACAUCUGUUUGAUGUGGCAUGGAAGCCAGGAAUGCUUCUUAAAAUGGGAUUAUCCAUACAUAGAAUAUACUUCUGAGACUGUCUUAGUAUACUGUAAACAUCAACACCCCACUCCCCACAAAAUACACACAGAUGUGAAAAGGGGGUUUUGUAAUGGUUAGGAUAGAAUUUUGUCUUUUUUAUAUUUAGGCCAAGAGUUCUUUAUUCUCUAUUGUGGUGUUUUCAGUAAUUGAUCCUUUGUGUGGUUGUUUUGACAUCUUUGCAGCACUCUGUUUUGUGAGCAACCGUGACUUACUUUUAAAUCGCCAACAAUUUCUCAAUCUUUAAAGGGAUCCUGUCUGUUAGACUGAUUACAUGAGAAAGCACUAUGCCUUAGGCAGCUUUUGAGAAGCCAGUACAAAUGGACUGUCAUGCUUACCUUGAAGGCAGCUUCAAGGUGUUUUUCAAAAGUGAAUGCAUUACAAACAAGACAUUUUGUACCUAAAGAUCAUGUGUCAGCCAGUUAAGUGAUUUCUCUAACUUAUUUGAUAAAACUUAAACCAACUUUUAAGUAUUUUAUGGGGAAAGAAAAGACACUGUUCCAUUUGUGGUAAGAUGUUUCCUUGAUGAAAGGAAUAAGCCUUUCCAAGUGAUGUAUACGUGCAAGAUUUGUUUUUAAGAGCCAAUUCUUGUAAUGCUUUUUCACAUUUAAAAUGGAUAUGUUCACGUUCCUUGUGAAUGUGUCAUAUGAAUCUGUUGUAUAUGAAAUUAUUUUAGUUAAAUCUCAUGGUAAUCUUUUAGAGUAUGGUACAUUUGGAUCAGGUCCUCAAAAAUUUAUAUAUCGAUAGCAUAGAAGCACUUUAAGUCUUGCAACAUGCACACCAGUCUAGUAUUAUUUAUUUGCAUGAAUAUCAAUGGUUGUACAUUGUUUCCGGCAUUUCCAAACUGCUGAACAUAAAGGACUUCGUUAAUUUUGUUUUUAAUAUUAUCUGUUUGAUUGGAUUCCUUUAAGUUGAAAUUAUUACUUUCUUAGUACAUAUUUUAUAUCAAAUAUUUCUAAUUUUAUUGGAAUACCUUUUCUCAAGUUUAUUUCUUAUCUAUUACAUGUUAUCCUUUUAAAAAAAAAAAAGUCAUCAGGCAUAGACUCUGAGUGUAAAAAGUUUCUUUUUGUUUUUUCUUUUCAACUACUAAAGCACCUAGUUGUUUUCAAGCUAGUCGUUUCAUUUAUGGGGAGUUUUCUGUGCACAGUUACCUCAUGUAGCUCCACUUCCUGGCCUGGAGCUUCAUGACUCGAUCAGGGUUUCCAUGAAUGUAGUACUAAUCAGUUGAUUGUAUGUACUAGGUCUAUAGCUCUUAACUCCAUUACGUGGUAUAUAUUUUAUACUGUUGAGACUGUAGGUUUCUACCACGUGCCAGCGUAUUAAUACUUGUUCAUCAUCAUCCCAAGGGAAAUGUAGUUUAAUGGACAGUACUCGAAACUCCAACCGUCACCAAUUUAGAACAAAAAGAUAAGCCAUCCUUUAUCAAAAGGAGAACAUUAACUGCCCUCAGGAGACUUUAAUUGGCCUAAAAUUCCUGUGCAUUAACAAUGAUGUUAUGGUGACCUCAUUUUGGAGAAUUUGCUUUUUUUUUUUUUUUAAAUGUUUAGAGUUAAAUAGCUGAAAAAUAGCCGUGUUUCAAUAAGUUUCAAGCCUAGCUUUUAAAAAUACAAGGUGUCCCAAAAGUCUUCUUUAUGUAUCUUGGAUUUUCUAUUUCAUGAAGUUUUUUUCCAGUGUGGAGACUAAGAUCGAAAAAAAAAAGUAUUCCAGUUAACUGUUGGAUAGUUUGAGUUGUGGUCUUAACUUGUACCGUCUAUGGUAGGUACCUGAAUGGUAUGUUUAAGGAUAAUUAGUGCUUUUUAGCCAGCAAACAUGAGUGUCCUCCCCAAGUAUAAAGGAUUACUGGAUUAGUGGAUAAAUGGCUACGGGAUUACUUCUUCCAUCUUAUUUUUAGGUGUAUGAUAGUAAGAAAAAUUGUUAAAAAUCAGGUUUUAAAAUUGGUACCGUGUUGUAUUUACCUCAUUUGAAUGGUCUGUUAUUCUAGACUUAAAAUGAUGAUGAAUGGAAAUGUUUUUAAAAAUUCAUUUCCCUCUUUUUCCCUUCAGCUACAGCAGACUUGUUAAUGUAGAGUAGGUUAAAUGGCCUUUCUGAUAAAACCAGAUCAUUUAAUUGGGUAUGUUAGUUACUGUUGACUAGAUAUGCUGGCCUUUUGGUGGGAGGAACAGAAUUUGGAGAAUUGCACUGCCUCCUUCCUAGCCCUCUUCUGCAGCAUGGACCAGCUAGCUGGCCACUUGGACCACACUGGUGAGGCCAGGGCAUGAAUUCUGAGCACACCCCAGCUCCAAAGGAACUGUCUAGGUAAGGUUAUCUCUAGUCUUCAGGAAAUCGCUUCUAGUGAUCUGAAACAAGCACAACAGAGCCUUUUUGGGGAAUUUUUUCCUUCUGUAUAUAAAAGCACUUGAAUUUUCAUCUUGUUAUAGAAGGGAUUACUUUUCCAUUUUCUUUUUAGGUGUAUGAUAGUAAAAAAAAUUGUAAAAUUAAAGUUUUAAAAUUGGUACCAUAUUGUAUUUGCCUCAUCUGAAAGUUUCAUUCUAGUAUUAAAAUUGAUACGUGCUUA